CGUAAGCUGAAAAUCAUCACACCUCCAACCUCCACGAAAGUUCAAGGUUAGACUUAUACCUAUGACUAUGAGCCUUAUGCACAUAUGAAAAUAAUUACAAACUAACAGUACUAUCAGAUACCCUUAUAUGCAUAUCUUCAGAUUCAUAUUAAACUUUCUAAACUAAUAUAAUUUUCUAUAAGUUUCAGUGUCAGUGACAGUUUGAGACGAUGGUAAAGAUUAACGCUAGUUUUGUUCCGGAAGUAAUUAAACUGAAACAAUAAAAUGGCCGCCAAGCCAACCAACAGUGUAGCAGUAGGAGGUAAUUUCAAAACAAUAUAAUAAACAAGAAAAACAUAAGCUUUCAUAUGACUUAUUCGAUUGGAAGAAAAAAGGGUAACUGUUGAGAAAGUUACCCGGGGUUUCCGCCAUCUUGGUUGACACAACCAGUAAAUUAUGUCACUAAACCUAAACUAAAUUGAUCCUUAUACUUCUGCCAUGCCUAACCUGAACCCUAAUAUCCCUGUCCCUAUCAUUGACUAUCAUGCCCUAUGCCUAACCUGAACCCUAAAUGGAUCCCUAAACCUAACCUAAACCCUAAUUCACUGCAACCAUAAUAAACACGCAAAUGAUGUCAUGGGUAUGAUUCUCAACAAUAGCCAAAUUGGUGACUAUUUUAAUAAAAUUAAAUUAUUUACUUUUACUGUUCAUUAGUUCAUUUAAUUCAUUACUCAUUAAACUCUCAUCUCCUUAAGAGUGACUAAGGCUAAAAUGCAUUUAGCAGCAGGGCUGGCGAUGUCCUCAAAGUUUUAUAAAUAAGUCAUGGAGAUUACUCAGGUCAACUAUCAGCCAUAGUUCGGUUUCUUUCUCAAAAUAUUUAGAAAUUUAGCUGUGUACUAAGUACAAAGUACAGUGUACUAUUAUACUUAUAAAAGUUGUUUUUUUCUCCUUUAAAAAUUUUUUACUUUAAAGAGAGGGGAGGCUCCCCUGCCCAUAUGAUAUUGAGACCCUCCCCGGAAAUUUUUUUGUUUCUUAUUUUUGUAUUGAAAUUGGGUGGAGGGGUAUCCCCUCCUAAAAAAAUUAUGUUGAAAUGUCCCAUUAAAUUGCAACAUUAUAAUAAUAUAAAAUAAAUGAGUGGUUGUAUUUCAACCAAUAAAUAAAACAUCAGUUUUAACCAUGGGUAUGCCUUUUUUCUGGUGCUCAUCUUGGGGUAUCAGCAAGGAUGAUUUUCUCUUUUUAUUUCUUUUGAAACAUGUAAGUUGAAGUUUAAUAAAAACCGAAUGGAACCAAUUCCAUUUGAACUUUAUUUCAUGUUAACUGUAUUGAUAGUAAGAUAAGUAAAUAAAACUCAGUGAAGAGCAAGAAAGUUAUCAUUCUCAUCGUUCAGGUCCAACUGUUGGUCCUGUCACCCGAAGUCCAGUGUUGGGAUUCCCAACAUGGUAAAAUUAAAACCCACAGAUUAAUCGCUUAUCCCGAUUGUACUGUAUGAUCCAAAUUUACCAAAAAUUCAAAUAUCCUUAUGAGGAUCUAGUCCUGUAAGACUAGGAGUACAGGUAUGGGACCUAGGUUAUUUACUAUUACAAUAUAGGCUAUGCCUCAUUAUCUGAAAGAAAAAUCGAUUUAGUUUUUCAUUUGUAUCACAGAUAAAUAUUUUAAAAUAAUAUCUCUAUCAUAAAGCUAAAUUAAUUUUUUUUUCAAAUUCCACAGAAGAUGAUAAGCUUUUGAGUCUAGAAAAAUUAGACAGAUUGUCACCUGAUUUAUGGCCAGAAAAGAGUAGGUAUUCGAUAGAAUUAUGUUCACAUAAAUGAACAUUUUAUCUGCUAAUUAAUUUUUUAUUCUUGGAGUUCUUGAAACCCUAUCCAAUGUUCAUCCUUGUAAAAUUCUUAGAUGAAAAAAUUGAUAUUCAUGAACCACUAGUAGUAGUACCUGGUAACACAAAUAAAUCCUGUAAGUUAAAAUCUCAUUGAUAAAAUUUAGUCUUGGCUAUACUGGAAUAUAUGAAACACUAUAUAAUAUUCAUAAUUAAUGUACAAAAAUAAUUUUCUUUUUGGAACAGUUCCUGGUGUUACAGAGUAUGAAGUUGGUAAAAAUGUAAGUACUGGUGUGUGUGUGUGUGUGUAUAUAUAUAUAUAUAUAUAUAUAUAUAAUCCGCCAGCAAAGGUCAAACAAGACGAGUCAAAUACCACGCAGGCUAUUUAUAGAUAAGCCAGAGUGGGGUUCAAUAAUGAGUUCACUAGCGCGUAAAAUAUAAUUCCCCAUAAUUAUGCUAAAAGAUAUAUAUAUAUAUUUUUUUAAUAACGCAAUUGCGUUGGGCAUGUAAUAUUUUCUUUUCGGAAAUGAAAUCGUCUCAAUUUCAGUAUUAUUUUAAAAAUAUUUGGUUUAAAUUUUAAAAGUGGUUGGGACAUGAGAAUAUUAAAUAGUUUGGACAACUGUGUCUUUCACGAAGUCUUCACUCAUCUAUGAGUAUGAGCAAUUCUGCGACGUAUGCUAUGCCGCGGGUCGUCUAGUAUGCAUAUAUAUAUAUAUAUAUAUAUAUAUGUGUGUGUGUAUAUGAAUAGUAGGAUCAUAUUAAGUUAAAAUAUGCAGUUUCAGUUAGAAACACGUUUAAAUUCCUUAAUGAGUUAUAAAUAAGUCUCUAUUCAUAGAAAAAUAUUUAGCAAAAAUGUUGAUUCCCAUUAAAAGUGACUUUAACUCAUUAUUUUAUUAAUGUCUUUCAUAAUGUCUUUAAUUUACAAAAGUAAACUUAAAUAAAUUCAUUUAUAAAGUUAUGGUAUUAUCUAUUUGACUCAACAUCAGACUUUGAAAUAAAUAAUAUAUAUUGGUAUAUUAACUACAUUAUUAGAACGCUGAGAUCUGUACAGCAAUAAAAGAAGAAAGUGAAUGAAUAUUCUUAUGAAUGAAACUUUGAUAAUUCAUUAGGUAAAGAAAAGGCAGUGAGAAGAGGGGUUUAAAAAAUGUGAAUGUGCACGAGUAUGGUAUGAAAUGGGAUGGAGGAUAUGGCAUGUAUAUGAAUGAGCCAUGUUGGCAUGUACUCAGCAAAAAAAAUUAUAAUAGAGCAAUUCAACUAUACUAUAUGAGUCACAUCAGUCGACAAAUUAAAUAAGUUUUUCAUUGUAUAUUUAAAAAACUUUCAGUCAAAAACAGCUGGAACACCUAGAUGGCUGGCUGAUCUGGAAAAAGAUGAUAUUAAUCUUUUACAAGGUUGGUUCAAAAUUUUGACCAAUAAUAUGAGCUCAUAAUCAUUAUAAUAAUAUAACAACAAUCUUUCUAUAGUUGGGGAUAAAGUUUAUUCAUUAAAAAUUAGAAGCAUAAGAGAGUUGUAAUCAAAAUACAAAUUAUACAACAAUCGUUUUUGUUUACUUGAAUUGUCAAAAAAAAUUGUGAUUGUACCAUAACCAAGUUUAAAAAAAUGAUUAAAAGAAAAUAUUAUUAAUUAAUCCAAAUUGUUAUUAAAUAUGAAGCCAUCAGAUCAAGAUAUAAAUUUGGCAAAAUCAAGUGUAAACCUUUUUAUUUUUGCUGUAUUAAUUCAAAAAUAUUUUAAACUUUCAAGUACAGGAUAGUUUUAGAUGAUGUUUCUUUCUUCAGAGUUUGGUAGCCUGACUUUGUCACAGCUUAUGGAAAAAGUUAGAGGAUUGCAGAAUUUAGCCUACCAGCUUGGGUUAGAAGAAGGUAAUUAGAAAAGCAAUGCAGUAUCUAUUCAGCAUAUUUAUUUCCUUCAAUCUUGGCAGAUGUUUUUGUAAGAGAACAUGAUUGUGUGCAAUUAUCAGCAUGACAAUAUGCCUACCUUAUAUUAUUGUUUAGUUCUAGAUAGGAUUUCAAACUGUUAUCCCAUGACAGCAAAGUCCCAAGUUUAACACAAUUUUUCUUGCUAAAACCAAUUCUUUAUCACCCCUUGAAAAAAGGCCUAUGUUUUAGUUACUUAAUGUUGCAAGAAAAAUACUAGCAUAAACAGUAUUAUAGUAUGGGCAGGACUGCAUUUUCAAAGGGAUUUGACAUUUUUUUCCUUCCUGCCAUCAGUCAUAUAAUUUUAUUUGUAAUUAAUUGUUUGAACAGAUAAGAUAUUUUUAUUGAUCCAAAUACAUGGAAAUUUGUACAUAUUUUUUUCAGUCUUGAAAAUUCUUUAGUUUUUCGCUGUUCCUUAAAAUUAGUAUGUAGCAAGACUUUUGUUAAAUAAUUGUGCAGUAUGAAAAACUGUUGAGUUCUUGAGUGUGAGUUAUAGUUUUGAACAGAUUCUUGACUUUUUGUUGGAACAAUUGUUUUUACCAUCUGAAUCUUAGUCAGAAUGUGUUGUUUUUUUUCAUUAUCCAAGCCAAACCAAAAAUUUGUUAAAUUAUACAUCGUUGUUUACAGCAAGGGAGAUGACCAGAGGCAAAUUUCUCAACAUUUUGGCCAAACCCAAGCAGCAGAGAUAGCAAAGUGCUGUACAGAGUGAACUUUCUAAAUUUUUUUGUUUAUAGAUUGUAUGUGAUCAUCAAUAAUGGCUAAACAUUUAUUGUGUGUAAAAGUAAAAGCACACAGUGGUGAGACAUUAUACAUAGAAUGCCAUUCAGAAAUCAAGUAAAUGAUUUCAGCCUGAUAAAAAUUUGCAGUAAUAUAAGUACUGUACAAUAAUAGUGAAUUUAAAUGUUUUAUUUGCUUAUUUAUUAGUUGUCUGUAUUGCCUUUGAAAAUACAUUAUGGUAAAUUUAAAUUUUGUUUUUCUUUU